CGCGCGGGACAUGUCACUCGAUCUGAGCUUAUCCGGCUCUUGUUAGUGUUUAGCAGGUGGGGACUGCCUGACAGUGGUGAGGCUGACCGGCCAACUCCCGUGCCAUGGCGCCGGGAAUAACAUUAUAUUUAUUGAUCGCACUAGCUGCAAUACAAGCUAGUGGUGAAGAAUCAGCGAACGACACAUGGGCUCUUAUACAGGCCGAGGCGCAGCAGGCGAGAGACGAUGAUAUCAAUGGCAAGGAAAUUGUGGUCGACAUAGAGGACGACGAGAAGACACAAUAUUAUGAAACUAACUACGAUACUAGUGCGUACGGAUUCGGUUACGACGUCGGACCGAACGGCCAGUUCCACCACGAGAACCGCGGGCCGGACGGCGUGACGUACGGUUGCUACGGCUACAUCGACCCAGACGAUAACCUGCGCGUCACCCACUACGUCGCCGACAGCCACGGCUACCGCGUCGUCGAGCCCGAGGACCACGUCGAAGUGUUCCCCGAGACCGAACACGAGUACGACGAGAACGCCGUAACACCCGACCCGAGGCCCGGAGUGUUAGUGCCAUGGAACCAGUUGUACCUGCCGAAGGGUUGCGGCCGAACUCCGGGAGGAAAGCCGCCGAAGCCGCCGCCGAAGCCGACCCCCCCGCCCCCACGGCCGACCCCACCCCCGGACAGCACCGGACAGAACAGCCAGCCGAAACCGGGUGUGAUUUACCCAGGAAACAAACCUGGCCAAUACCCGGGUGGAUCUUACCCAAGUGGUCCAAAUGGUCCAUACGGACCAAACGGUCCUUAUCCUACUGGAGCGAAUGGAUCUAAUAAUGGACCUAACGGGCCGAACAACGGAAACUAUGGACCUAACGGACCUAAUGGACCCAACAAUGGCAACUAUGGACCUAACGGUCCAAAUAAUGGAAAUUAUGGCCCUAACGGACCCAAUGGACCCAACAACGGAAACUUUGGACCCAAUGGACCUAACGGGCCUAAUGGUCCUAACGGACCUAGUGGACCAAAUGGUCCUAAUGGACCUUACGGACCUAACGGACCCAAUGGCCCAAAUGGGCCAAAUGGACCAAACGGACCAAAUGGACCAAAUGGACCUGGACCCAAUGGUCCCUAUGGACCUAACGGACCUUACGGUCCGAACGGCCCUAAUGGACCCAACGGACCAAAUGGACCUUACGGACCUAAUGGCCCUGGAGGAGGACAAGGCUACCCGGGUACCCCAGGAACUCCUGGCAAGCCCGGAACUCCUGGUAAGCCCGGAACUCCUGGUACACCCGGAACCCCGGGAGGUCCAAGUGGUGCUGGUGGUCCUGACGGUCCCUCAGGUGGUGGUUAUUAUCCCGGAUCAGGACAAUAUAACCCAGGUACUCCGAGCUCACCGGGCGCACCCGGUGGCCCUGGAGGCCCUGGUGGUCCUGGCAGCCCCGUUGGCCCAAUUGGUCCCAACGGCCCAGGCGGUGGCAGUAACAAACCAGGACCUGGACAAGGGGGCAACAAACCAUCUCCAGGCACAGGAGCUCCAGGUUCACCAGGAGCCCCAGGUUCACCAGGAGCUCCAGGUGGCCCAGGAGGUCCAGGCGGUCCAGGCGGCCCAGGAUCAGGCUACUAUCCGGGACAAACAGGACCAGGGCAAGGAAGUUAUAACCCAGGAAGUUCUGGUAACCCAAAUGAAAACUAUGGACCUAAUGGACCCAACGGGCCUAACAAUGGAAACUAUGGACCCAAUGGACCAACCGGUCCCAACGGACCUAGCGGACCCAGCGGUCCUAACGGACCUAAUGGACCUUCCGGUCCAAAUGGUCCUUAUGGCCCUAAUGGCCCUAGCGGUAAUGGACCCAAUGGACCUCUCGGGCCAAACGGACCUAACAGCCCAAACGGUCCUAAUGGACCCAUUGUACCUAAUGGACCUUACGGACCUAAUAGCCCUGGAGGAGGACAAGGCUAUCCGGGUACCCCAGGAACUCCUGGCAAGCCAGGUUCUCCUGGUACACCUGGAACUCCUGGUACACCAGGUUCCCCGGGAGGUCCCGGCGGCACCGGCGGUCCUGGUGGUCCUUCAGGUGGUGGCUAUCAUCCUGGACCAGGACAAGGCACUUAUCAACCAAACGCACCCGGUUCUCCAGGAUCUCCUGGUGGUCCAGGUGGUCCAGGAGCUCCAGGAGGUCCAGGCGGUCCAGGCGGCCCAGGAUCAGGCUACAAUCCGGGACAGACGGGACCAGGACAAGGAAGCUACAAACCAUCUCCAGGCUCACCAGGAGCCCCAGGUUCACCAGGAGCCCCAGGUUCACCAGGAGCCCCAGGUGGCCCAGGAGGUCCAGGCGGUCCAGGCGGCCCAGGAUCAGGCUACAAUCCGGGACAGACUGGACCAGGACCACAAUACCCAGGUGCUCCAGGCUCACAGGGCCACCGCCCUGGAGGUCCUGGUGGUCCCGGUGGCCCAGGUGGACCUAACGGCCCUAGUGGUGGUAGCAACAAACCAGGACCUGGACAAGGUGGUUACUAUCCAGGUAAUCAAGGCUCUCCAGGAGGCCCAGGUGGACCAGGUGGUCCCGGUGGCUCCGUUGGUCCUAACGGUCCCGGUGGUCCCAGCGGUCCAGGUGAACCCCAGGGUCCUAAUGGAAUACCGAAUCAAGGGCAAACAGGUCCAGGUGGCUACAAUCCAGGUGGUCCCUAUCCCGGAAAACCAGGAACUUCAACUAAUAAUCCUUUCGGGCCAUCUGGCAGCGGUACACAACAACCUAACAAACCAGGAUCUCCGGGAACACAAGGUGGCCCUGGAGGUCCAGGUGGUCCUGGUGGCCCCGGAGGUCCUGCAGGACCCACGGGCCCCAGCGGUCCAGGAAGCCCUGGAUAUAACCCAAGUGGACCUGGGCAAGGUGGUUAUUAUCCGGGCGGCUACUAUCCCGGUUACCCCGGCUCACCCGGCGCUCCUGGCUCACCCGGUUCUCCAGGAACACCCGGAUCCCCUGGUGGACCCGGAGGCCCUGGAGGCCCUGGAUCCUAUCCACCACAAUGGCAAGGAACCCCAGGAUCUCCUGGAUCUCCCGGGUCUCCCGGAUCUCCUGGUUCUCCCGGUACACCCGGCUCACCUGGUGGACCUAGUGGCCCCAGUGGUCCCGGAAACUACCAACCAGGGCAAACAGGACCACAAACUGGCCCUAACGGUCCGCAAGGUCCAUCUGGUCCAUCUGGACCAUUUGGCCCAUCUGGACCGUCUAAGCCGUCUGGACCAUCUGGCAGCGGUACACAACAACCUAACAAACCAGGAUCUCCAGGAACACCAGGUGGCCCCGGAGGUCCUGCAGGACCAGCGGGCCCCAGUGGUCCUGGAAGCCCUGGAUAUAACCCAAGUGGACCUGGUCAAGGAGGUUAUUACCCGGGCGGCUACUAUCCCGGUUACCCCGGCUCAUCCGGCGCUCCUGGCUCACCUGGUUCUCCAGGAACACCCGGAUCCCCUGGUGGACCCGGAGGUCCUGGAGGCCCCGGAUACUAUCCGCCACAAUGGCAAGGACCCCCUGGGUCUCCUGGCUCUCCUGGAUCUCCCGGAUCACCCGGUACCCCUGGCUCACCCGGUGGACCUGGCGGCCCCAGUGGUCCAGGAAACUACCAACCAGGGCAAACAGGGUCACAAACUGGUCCUAACGGUCCAAAUGGUCCUUCUGUCCCAUCUGGACCAUCUGGCAGCGGCUCAUAUCAACCCAACAAACCCGGAUCACCAGGAACUCCAGGUGGCCCUGGAGGUCCAGGUGGUCCUGGUGGCCCCGGAGGCCCCGCAGGACCAGCGGGCCCCAGCGGUCCUGGAAGCCCUGGAUAUAAUCCAAGUGGACCUGGGCAAGGUGUUUAUUACCCGGGCGGCUACUAUCCCGGUUACCCCGCCUCACCCGGCGCUCCUGGCUCACCCGGUUCUCCAGGAACACCCGGAUCCCCUGGUGGACCCGGAGGUCCUGGGGACCCCGGAUCCUAUCCACCACAAUGGCAAGGAACCCCUGGAUCUCCCGGAUCUCCCGGAUCUCCUGGAUCUCCCGGAUCUCCCGGUGCCCCCGGCUCACCCGGUGGACCUAGCGGCCCCAGUGGCCCCGGAAACUACCAACCAGGGCAAACAGAAUCACAAACUGGCCCUAAUGGUCCGAACGGCCCGAACGGUCCUUCUGGCCCGUCUGGACCUUCUGGCCCGUCUGGCCCAUCUAGCCCAUCUGGACCAAUCAAACCAUCUGGUCCAUCAUCUGGCAGCGGUUCACAACAACCUAACAGACCUGGAUUACCAGGAACGCCAGGUGGCCCCGGAGGUCCAGGUGGUCCUGGUGGCCCCGGAGGUCCUGCAGGACCCGCGGGACCCAGUGGUCCUGAAAGCCCUGGAUAUAACCCAAGUGGACCUGGGCAAGGUGGUUAUUACCCGGGCGGCUACUAUCCCGGUUACCCCGGCUCACCCGGCGCUCCUGGCUCACCCGGUUCUCCAGGAACACCUGGUGGACCCGGAGGUCCUGGAGGCCCCGGAUACUAUCCGCCACAAUGGCAAGGAACCCCUGGAUCUCCUGGAUCUCCCGGUACCCCCAGCUCACCUGGUGGACCUAGCAGCCCCAGUGGCCCCGGAAACUACCAACCAGGGCAAACAGGACCACAAACCGGCCCUAGCGGUCCGAAUGGUCCAUCUGGUCCAUUUGGACCAUCUGGACCAUCUAAACCGUCUGGACCAUCUGGCAGCGGUACACAACAACCUAACAAACCAGGAUCUCCAGGAACACCAGGUGGCCCCGGUGGUCCAGGUGGUCCUGGUGGCCCCGGAGGUCCUGCAGGUCCCGCGGGCCCCAGCGGUCCUGGGAGCCCUGGAUAUAACCCAAGUGGACCUGGACAAGGUGGUUAUUACCCGGGCGGCUACUAUCCCGGUUACCCCGGCUCACCCGGUGCUCCUGGCUCACCCGGUUCUUCAGGAACACCCGGAUCCCCUGGUGGACCCGCAGGCCCUGGAGGCCCUGGAGGCCCCGGAUACUAUCCGCCUCAAUGGCAAGGAACCCCUGGAUCUUCUGGAUCACCCGGGUCUCCCGGAUCUCCCGGAUCUCCCGGAUCUCCUGGUACACCCGGCUCACCUGGUGGACCUAGCGGCCCCAGUGGUCCCGGAAACUACCAACCAGGGCAAACAGAGCCACAAACCGGUCCGAAUGUUCCAUCUGGCCCAUCUGGCCCAUCUAGCCCAUCUGGACCUUCUAAACCGUCUGGACCAUCUGACAGCGGUACACAACAACCUAACAAACCAGGAUCUCCAGGAACACCAGGUGGCCCCGGUGGUCCAGGUGGUCCUGGUGGCCCCGGAGGUCCUGCAGGACCCGCGGGCCCCAGCGGUCCUGGAAUCCCUGGAUAUAACCCAAGUGAACCUGGGCAAGGUACCCCUGGAAGUCCUGGAUCACCCGGAACUCCUGGAUCACCCGGAGCUCCCGGCUCCGCCGGAACUCCUGGUUCCCCCGGUUCCCCUGGCUCACCCGGUGGACCUGGUGGCACUGGUGGUCCUACUUACCCUAGUGGUCCUGGAAACAAACCAGGUCAAACAGAUUCCCAUGGAGGCCCUAGCGUUCCCAAUGGUCCAUCUGGUCCAGGUACCGGUCCUAAUAAUCAAGUAAAUCCAGGAUUACCAGGAGCUCCAGGUGGACCUGGUGGUUCAGGUGGCCAAGGAGGCCCAGGUGGUCCCGGAGGACCAACUGGUCCUAAUGGUCCAGGUAGCAACGGAUACUACCCAGGAACAAAUCCUACGAAACCAGAGCAACCAUGUAAUACCGGAACACCAGGACAACCUGGACAACCAGGUUUACCAGGACAGCCGGGUACACCAGGACAGCCAGGAAAACCAGGACAGACUGGACAGCCCGGAUACCCUGGACCUACAGGAUACCCUAACCAACCUGGACAAACAGGACAGCCAGGACAACCAGGACCACAGGGACAACCUGGACAACCAGGUUUACCAGGACAGCCGGGUACACCAGGACAGCCAGGAAAACCAGGACAGACUGGACAGCCCGGAUACCCUGGACCUACAGGAUACCCUAACCAACCUGGACAAACAGGACAGCCAGGACAACCAGGACCACAGGGACAACCUGGACAACCAGGUUUACCAGGACAGCCGGGUACACCAGGACAGCCAGGAAAACCAGGACAGACUGGACAUCCCGGAUACCCUGGACCUACAGGAUACCCUAACCAACCUGGACAAACAGGACAGCCAGGACAGCCAGGACCACAGGGACAACCUGGACAACCAGGUUUACCAGGACAGCCGGGUACACCAGGACAGCCAGGAAAACCAGGACAGACUGGACAGCCCGGAUACCCUGGACCUACAGGAUACCCUAACCAACCUGGACAAACAGGACAGCCAGGACAACCAGGACCACAGGGACAACCUGGACAACCAGGUUUACCAGGACAGCCGGGUACACCAGGACAGCCAGGAAAACCAGGACAGACUGGACAGCCCGGAUACCCUGGACCUACAGGAUACCCUAAUCAACCUGGACAAACAGGACAGACAGGACAACCAGGACCACAGGGACAACCUGGACAACCAGGUUUACCAGGACAGCCGGGUACACCAGGACAGCCAGGAAAACCAGGACAGACUGGACAGCCCGGAUACCCUGGACCUACAGGAUACCCUAAUCAACCUGGACAAACAGGACAGCCAGGACAACCAGGACCACAGGGACAACCUGGACAACCAGGUUUACCAGGACAGCCGGGUACGACAGGACAGCCAGGAAAACCAGGACAGACUGGACAGCCCGGAUACCCUGGACCUACAGGAUACCCUAAUCAACCUGGACAAACAGGACAGCCAGGACAACCAGGACCACAGGGACAACCUGGACAACCAGGUUUACCAGGACAGCCGGGUACAUCAGGACAGCCAGGAAAACCAGGACAGACUGGACAGCCCGGAUACCCUGGACCUACAGGAUACCCUAAUCAACCUGGACAAACAGGACAGCCAGGACAACCAGGACCACAGGGACAACCUGGACAACCAGGUUUACCAGGACAGCCGGGUACACCAGGACAGCCAGGAAAACCAGGACAGACUGGACAGCCCGGAUACCCUGGACCUACAGGAUACCCUAAUCAACCUGGACAAACAGGACAGCCAGGACAACCAGGACCACAGGGACAACCUGGACAACCAGGACAGCCCGGAUACCCUGGACCUACAGGAUACCCUAAUCAACCUGGACAAACAGGACAGCCAGGACAACCAGGACCACAGGGACAACCUGGACAACCAGGUUUACCAGGACAGCCGGGUACACCAGGACAGCCAGGAAAACCAGGACAGACUGGACAGCCCGGAUACCCUGGACCUACAGGAUACCCUAAUCAACCUGGACAAACAGGACAGCCAGGACAACCAGGACCACAGGGACAACCUGGACAACCAGGUUUACCAGGACAGCCGGGUACACCAGGACAGCCAGGAAAACCAGGACAGACUGGACAGCCCGGAUACCCUGGACCUACAGGAUACCCUAAUCAACCUGGACAAACAGGACAGCCAGGACAACCAGGACCACAGGGACAACCUGGACAACCAGGUUUACCAGGACAGCCGGGUAUACCAGGACAGCCAGGAAAACCAGGACAGACUGGACAGCCCGGAUACCCUGGACCUACAGGAUACCCUAAUCAACCUGGACAAACAGGACAGCCAGGACAACCAGGACCACAGGGACAACCUGGACAACCAGGACAGCCUGGAUACCCUGGACCUACAGGAUACCCUAUUCAACCGGGACAACAAGGACAGCCUGGACCACAGAGACCAGCAGGACAACCGGGACCUCAAGGCCCCGCAGGACAAGCUGGACAGCCAGGAUACCCUAACCAACCCGGACAACCAGGACAAACAGGACCACAGGGACCAUCAGGACAACCUGGACCACAAGGCCCUGCAGGACAGCCAGGACAGCCAGGAAAACCUGGCCUAGGAGGUCAACCAGGACAGCCAGGAUACCCUAAUCAACCCGGACAACCAGGACAACCGGGACCACAGGGACCAGCAGGUCAACCUGGACCACAAGGCCCUGUAGGCGAACCUGGCCAGCCAGGAUACCCUGGACCUUCAGGAAACCCUAAUCAACCCGGACAAACAGGACAGCCAGGACCACAGGGACCAGCAGGAAAACCAGGACCACAGGGACCAGCAGGACAACCAGGACCACAAGGCCCCGCAGGACAACCAGGAUACCCUGGGCCAAACGGUCCUGAUUCGCAACCGGCUGGCACGGGUGUGCAACCUCCCGUGUACGUACCCCCAGGUCAAAUGCCACCGUUCCCGAUAUACGUGAUGCCGUUCCCCCUCCCGAUAGUACCGAGCCCCACCUCAUGUCCCUGUUACCUGGUGAAUCCCGGACAGAACGGGACCGACAGCCAGCAACCAGGCCCCCAGAACCAGCCGACCGCCGUGGCCUCGUACAACCCGGGCUACACCCCAUUCGGAAUACUCGGCUACAUUCCCGUGCUAUUCGUGCCCUUCUGCCCCGGCAACAGGACGGAGGCGAACACGGUGCAGCAGAGCUUCCCCGAGGCCGUCUCCGUGCCAUACAACUGCGCCCAGUGCCAGGCCCGCAACAACGACAUCUACCAGUACUUCAACAGAAUAAAUGGCGGCAGAAGCAUCAGCUUCAAAGACUUCCAGGAGAUAACGACGCUGCCCCAACUCGAGAACGUCCUCAAGAACGAGAUCAAACCGCCCCGAAAGACUCUGAGGAGGAUACGGGUACAUCCCCGCGUGGCGGACGAGAUAGUGACUGCCGCGAGAGCAGACACCAAAAAGAGCGAAAAGAAGAACGAAAACGAGAAAAGAUAGUGUUCAUUAGCGAAUUAAAGGUGUGGAAAACAAUUUUGAGAACGUCUGACACGAAAUCUUGGACGAGUUCGAAAUUGUGCGCUUGAGACUUGAUAAUUUAAUAUUUAUUUUGAUAUUGUAUAAAAUAGUACUAAAAUUGAGUUGAAAAACAACGUGUUGUUACAGCGAAAUCGAAACAUUUUUGUAUUUUUAAUACAUUUUACAUGUAAAUAAACGAAUAUAUAAUU